GCUAUAGUGUCGGCGGUGGUAGUUGACCGACGGCAACGACGCGGAGCGGACAUUGUACGCAAUACCGUGUAAUAUAAUUUGAAAAAAAAAAAUAUAUUAUUUCGUCGCGCGGCGUCGUUCGCAUCCCCGCCGUCCCGCACCUCGCCGCCCGGCGUCUGGCGCGCGCGGUCGCGAUAAACCAUUCACGUCGUGCGACUGCACUACGCUGCACCGCGGUUACUAUACGUACACCGCUUCGGCGGCAGCCCGUCAUUCGUUCAUUACGCGCGAGAUCACGUCAAAUCACGUUGUGUAUAGGUACGACGGCGGACGAUGGGAACGCCGGACACCGGUCUGACGGCCAAACGCUGCUGCUGCACGACGUCGUCCGCACGUCGCCGUCGUGCCGUUCGUCGGCGUCGCGGUCACUGCUGCCCAGCGACUCGAGACAGUAUAGUGGUGCGGGGAGCGCGCUCGCUUGAAUAUUAGAUAAUAUAUAAUAUAGUCUGUCCACUGUAAACGCGAACCGUCUCGUAGUUAUCGCCACUGUCGUUUGGCGGUCCGAGACGAAAGAUCGCGUGUUUCACGUGUGUUUCCGUCUUCGUGAGCGAUGAACGCACGAUGUCCACUGCCGCCGCGCGGACCGGUUGACGGCGGUCACUGCGUUUGAGGUACUUAUACUAAACGCGUGCCUACUACGACAAAACGACCACGUAAAGGCUCUUAGUUCGAUGCCAGUACACUGUUCUAAGGCCAUUCUUAUUGAACUACUGCAAGUGAUUUUGUAUUGAUAAACACAUGAUAAUUGAAGUAUCAUUGAGAUCAUACUACAUCGUUGUGUAGUAUAAAAAAUAGUUAUCGGAGACCGUGGAAACUCCGAGGUCAUCAAAAUGACGUCGAUCGCGAUGUCUUCGGAGCAUGCAAUAGUCGAAAAACGACCUCUGAUUAAGAGUAUUCAAGCGAUCAGAUCGGUUCGGAAGAGUCACGACGACCAACACAAGAGAUGUGGCAUCGGACCAUUUGUCGGCAGUGAUCACGAUCGAGACGACUAUUGCCAACGUCCCGUUGACGGCAAUGACGAUCGGACAUCAGCCGUCCUAGAAGUGACGAGACCGCCGGUCCAGCGGGACGACGUCGCCGAUGUCCACUAUCGGCAACGACCGGUUUGGGUGACGUGCGACUACGGUGUAAAGCCGGGAAGAAACGUCGACGGGCCCGUCGAUUGGACGACGAAACCUCGGACGAGCGAAGACGCGGAACCGAAUAUCCGCGCGACGGUCGACGGUUACCAUCCAGUCCGGCGACGACUUGUCGAGGAUUGCGAACGCGACGAGACCGCGACUAUUGCGGACGACAUGUCACCCGAAGACCGACGGCGGCCGUCGCCGCACGGCUGCAAACAGCAGUGGUUCAGCAACUGUUGGCUACCGAAACCGUCGUUUGCGAUCACCGACGUUCAUCAGUAUCACCGUCGCCGAGUGAACCGGCACCGUCACCAUCACCAUCACACGCACCAUUUGCAUAUGUGGACGAGCAGCUGCUGCUGGUGGCUGUUGGUGUUCUACGCGGUGGUCGUGGUCGUCGCGUCCUUCGCCCGAGCCGCGCAUUCCGCCAAAGACGUUCCUGUAUACCAUGUAAGAGCAGUCGCAGGGCAGCAAGCUCGUUUACCUUGUGAUAUAUCAUUGGUAUCCGACGAAGAAGAUGAUUUAUCAGAUCCAGGAGCUGAUUCACCGCCCCUUGAUGGUGAGAGCUCCCUUGCAUCUGGUGCAAAUUUACGCGAUGCAGUUUUACUGGUUUUAUGGUACCGCGAUGACCUGGGCACACCGAUUUACAGCGUGGAUGCCAGAUCUACUUCUCCUUCUCAUCAGCCGUUUGACUCCACAUCAUAUCAUUUGAUGACCACGGGUGCAGAAAGAUGGUCAGACCAACGAGUGUUUGGUGACCGAGCACAUUUCCAUGUUAACACAGCGACGCCGGAAGAAGAAUUGAAAUCGAAAAUAAAUAAUAAAAAAAAAUCGACUGUGUCAACAUAUUUUUCAUCAGAAUUACGUAUUGACCGGGUCAGUGUAAAAGAUGCGAUUCACCUUUAUCGGUGCCGAGUUGAUUUCAGAUUAGCUCAAACCCGUAAUUCUAAAGUGAAUUUAACUGUGAUCGUGCCACCGGAUCGUAUGGAAAUUAUGGACUUGGCUACGGGCCGACAGCUAUUGCGACGACAAGAUGGCGAUAACGUUAAUAGCAAAAAUGAUCGUGGGUUAGAGGCAUCUACUACGACUACUACAACGGUUGUAGGGCCUUAUGUCGAGGGAUCGGACGUGCGUGUUCGCUGCCGGGCAUAUGGAGGCAAACCAAAACCUCGUGUAGCAUGGUUUCGAGAUAAUCGGCUUUUAAAACCAGAAUCGGAAGAUCCUGAUAAUAUCAACGGUGCUCAACAACAAGACGUCACUGCUAUUGACGGUUACGCGACAGCAACUGUUACUUCAAGUUCGUCCACUUCUACUGGAGGUGACAACUCGGAAGGAAUUUUAGAAGUAGAUUUGACUCUGACAGGAUUAACACGUAGCGAUUUACACACCGAACUUACUUGUCGAGUGUGGAAUUAUUUUUAUGACGAUGAGGAGUAUUCAAUUAUUGUUACCAAUAGUGGUUCAAGUAACAUUGAUACUAGUAUUGAAAAAGAAAAUAUGAGUGGAGAAGUUGAUCCCAGUCGUUGGACUCUGAGACAACGCCAGUCUUCGCUGACAGCCGUCGUUCAUGUAGAUAUGAAUUUUCCACCGUUGACCGUUCAAAUCCUACCGAUCGCAGAAAAUGGCCACUUAAGUGGUAUUGACAACGAUUUACAACCACCUCCGUUCACACAGUCUUCGGCAAAAAUGACACCAUUAACAUUACCCGAAGACGAUGAUCGUUUGUCUGUGCACAGCAGCAAGAUUCAAGAACAACGUCAGCUGCAACCAUUAACCGCCGGGAGGAAAUACGAGUUACCUUGUCGGGCUUACGGGUCUCGACCACCGGCAAAAUUAACAUGGUGGAUGGACGGUCGGCGAUUAGACACUACCCGAGAGACGACUUCAACCGAUGGAAACUCGACGACAAGUGUAUUGACGUUUGUACCUGUUAAGCCAACGACGAAAUCACAUUAUCGAGAACCCGGAGAAGCCGACGAGCAUAGAACGCCCGACUAUGACGGCAGGUUAACUUGUAGGGCCGAAAACCCACAACACCAACAGUCGACAUCCCAGCGAAAGCACACAAUAGCGGCCGGUAGUGAUUCGUCUGAUGAUGCUGGAACGCCUUUCAUACAAAGCACAUGGUUGUUACGGAUACAAUAUGUUCCCGAGACUCAAAUCACAUUGGGUACAAACUUACGAGCAGAUGACAUACGUGAAGGUACAGAUGUUUAUUUCGAUUGUACGGUGGAUGCGGUGCCACCUGCUUAUAAAGUCCAAUGGAAACGAGAUGGUGUUGAACUUCAUCACAAUGCUGGUGGAAGUGGUUCGUUAACUGGAAGCGGAUCAACUACAACAAUUAUUAUCAGUAAUCAGUCAUUGGUGUUACAAGGAGUCAGUCGCCGUGAGUCAGGUCAUUAUACAUGUGGUGCCGAAAAUGCUGAAGGUCCUGGACCUCAUAGUAAAUCCAUUCAUCUCGAUGUUCUUUACGCGCCGACGUGUACACCAAGUAAUAGUGCUGGAAAAGCAGUUCAACGAGUGGUUUAUGGUGUAGCAAAAAAAGAAACCGUAACGAUUGCUUGUCAUGUACAAGCUAAUCCUCCACCAACAGAAUAUCGUUGGUCAUUCAAUAAUACAAUUUCUUCAAUUGCUACUGGUGGUGGAGCUGGGUCGACCUCAACGGGAUCCUUAAUCAAACAACGGUUCAGUAGUAUUGGAAAUUUAGCUGGUUCUUCCUUGAAUUCAUCGAGAGUGUUAACUUAUGCUCCAAGAACAGAUUUUGACUAUGGAACGGUUGAAUGUUGGGCUCGAAACCGAGUGGGUAUGCAAGCACAUCCCUGCGUCUAUCACGUUAUUGCCGCAGGCCGACCAGAUCGUGUAACGAAUUGCACAGUAGUGAAUUCUAGAGCUGCUAUGAAUUUAAAUAGUACAAGAAGAUUAAGAAGUUUUAAAAACUCAGGAUCUCACAUUUUUAUAAGAUGCACCGAAGGAUACGACGGUGGCUUACCUCAACGUUUGUGGGCCGAAAUCAGAGAGGAUUCUAAAGCCCAACAUUCGGACUUGGGUGGAGAUGAUUUAAGUGGAGAUUUAGUACUUAAUGUAACAGGUAUUGAUGAACAAGACCAACCAGGUUACUCAGAUUUAAAUUCAGAUGAAAAUAAAAAAUUGGAAAAUUCAGCUUCUCCACCAGUAAAAGUAUUUGUAGCAAGAGGAUUAAAACUAGGAGCUGUUUAUAGAGUUGAUGUAAUGGCUAGUAAUGCCAAAGGAAGGUCAGAACCAUUAACAUUAAUGGUAUCUAUACCUAUGGGAAUGACGACAGUUGAUUCUAAUGAACAAAAUCAGAAUGGAAUUUCAAAUACAAUGACCACAAUUGAUGGUCAAGAUCCCGACAGAGCUCGGAAUUUACUAUUGGAACAACAACGAGAACAAGAACGUGAUCGGAGACUACAAGAGAACGGCGGGGGCGUAGGCGAUUUCAGGAUGACGCGCGCCAUGGCCAUCGUGCUACUCGUCGCCGGGUCGUUGGUGGUGGUCGCUUGCGGCGCGGCAACGUUCCUGCGGUACCGCCGGGACGACGACGACGACGACAACGACGACGACGACGACCGGGACAACGGCCGCGGACAGGAGCGGACCGUAGUCGACGGGAACACCGUUUGCAUCCCCGGGCCCGGGAACAAGCCGGAAGGACCGGUGCACUGUCAGCCGGCCAACGUGGACGGUUGCGCGGUGCCGCCGAACGGCGCGAUGCCCAACAACAACAACGUCGGUGCGAACUUCGGCAACGGCAACGGCGGCGGCGUCGGCGGCGGCAAAAACGUGAACGCCGCGACAGACAAAGAGUUCCACUGCGGUAACGUGGUCGGCGGCCGAGUAGUGGGAGGUCUGCAGAGGAUCUGCAGCAACACGAUCGGCAGAAGCGGCUCGGUCCCGAUCGGCGCCUCUUGCGUGGACGGCUGUGGAUCGCAACAGGACGCGGUCUCCGGGGCGCCGAUCGCGCUCGUGCCCCCGUCGCGCGCGUCCCCGACGACCCUUAUGCGCGGCGCGCCGUCCUCCAACAACGCGCAGCAGUCGUACGGGGCUACUUGCAAACCGUCGUUACAGCAAAAAAUGUCGCUUUCGGGCUCCACCGCCGUCGACCAACCGGGGUCGGGACGAAUGCCGCAGUCGUACCACAGCAAGAACCCGGACAUCAUUCCGGCACCACUCAUGUCGCCCGGCAACAUUUACAAUAACUACAACAGCGAUCUUGGUGACCCGGUUGACUCCAUGACUCUCAUCAUGGCUUCGUCCACGUCGUCAUCCCCAAUACACAACCACCGUCAACAGCAGGUCCAUCACCAGCACAACCGUUAUAACAACCCGGCAGGACAAUACCACCCAGGCGUCAUGACGCUACGCCGGCCCGUCGUUAUCAAUACGCAAUAUUAUGGCGCAGGCGGUGGCGGUAGCGGCGGAAAUCUGCAGAGAAACAACCAACAACCACCCGACCAGCCGAUCGUCAUGGUCAAAGGCGGCGUUUCGGUGCAGGGAGCCGUCAAUUAUCCGACGACGACGUCUUCGGCCGCGGCUUACUGCACCCUGCCGCGGUCCUCUUAUCACCACCACCACCAACACCUCCAAAAUCACAACCUGCACAACCACCCACACCACCAUCAACAACAACAACAACAGCAACAGCAACACUGGCAUCAGCAACAACAGCAGCAGCAGCAGCAGCAGCAACAACAGACUCACCAUCCGCAACAGCAGCAUAAACUUCCUACUGAUCUGGAAGUGGACGUGGUCGAACCGCCGCCGCCGCCCUGGCCGCCGCAUAAUCUCGCGGGCGCUUAUCCGGCGACGGUGAUUGUCGUCCCGUCGCCGCCGUUGCCCUCGCCGCCGGUACAACAGCAGUCGACACAGUCGGCCGCGGUCAUCGUUCCGGCGCAGGAAAAGCUUCAAACGGUCAACAAACGAGAAAGCGCAGUAUGACUACAUCGGAGCACGAACGUUUGAACGAUAUAUAUAUAAUAUAUAUAUAUUAUAAAGAAUAAAUUUAUUAUAAAUAAUUAUUAUUUUUACUGUUAUCGGAUAGAAAAUAGUUGUAAGUAAUAUUAUAUAAUUCAAUUUCGUUUGUAUUACUUUUAUCGUUAUAAUUUCCUUUUUCGUUAUUGUUGGGAUUUUUAUUUCAACUUGUAAAUUAUUAUUAUUAUUAUAAUAACCGAUUAUUUACGACUUUUUGUACCAUAUACGAUACCUGACGUGUGUAAAACCCCACACGCAUAUAUUAUACGCACACCCACACACACCCAUUCUCGUGCCCACACUGACACAUAUAAUACGUUGUUCACUUGUUCGCACCAAAUUUAUAAUUUACCCCCUCCCCUCUCUGAAAAAAUAUCCAACUCUCACCGUAAACAGAACAUGUUUUUUUAUAAUAUAAUAUAUGAAUAUAAAAUACAGUCGUAUACUAUAAAUAGUAGUAAUAAUAAAAUUAUUAUUAUUAUUACUAUUAUUAUUAUUAUUAUUAUUAUUAUUAUUGAUAAACAAUUAUUAUUGAUAUUAAUUAAUUACAAAAGAAAAGAUUUUUAUUAAUACAAUUGUAUUCACAAUAUGUUCGUUAAUUUUUUAAUUCUGUACAAAUACCAUAAAAAAAAAAAUAAUAAAAAUAUUAUUAUUGCAUUGUAUUUGUAUAAUAUAAUAUGUAAUAAAGUUUCAUUAUUUCAAAUGUUUACGAAAAAAAGUACUUUCAUAUAAUAUUAUAGAAAUUAUAAUAACUUGUAAGUUGUAAUAUAUUAUAUUUUAAUUUAUGUCGAUAAUGCCGUAAUGCCAUUUGAGUAGAUGAUGGUAAAGUAUGCAGGUAGCGUGUGGCAGUUUGGGCUGUGAUGAGGUAAGUGAGGGCGGCGCCUCACCUAUAAGAAUAUAAUAACUUGAUAAUUAGUUUUAAUACAAAUUGUUUUACUAUUAUUUAUUAUAUUAUUAAAAGUUGACAAAAUAUUUUAGUACCUAAGUCAAGUAAUAUUUUAGCAUCAAAAACAGAAUCUAAUUUUUUUUAACAAAUUGAAAUAAUUAACUUUAAAAAUUAUUGAAAAUGUUUCAGUUUUCUACUUUUUUCUGUUUGAUAUUCUUUAUAAUUUGUUUAGAUACUAUUUGUGAAUUUAUCGUUUGUAAAUAAAAAUAAAAUACAACUAAUUUUUCUUAUAUA